AGGGCUGGCGAAGCCAAAACUGCACUCGCUUAUGGUUUUCAUCUCCUCCUAGGACUUAAGAGCUCUAUUAGUUACAGAAUACUGAAAAUGCUCUCUCCUGACGGCAAAUUUAUGACGUGUAAGUUCCUUAAGCUGGAAUCCCCACCCCACUCAGGCAACGGUUCACGCUUACUACAGUAA